GAUGCGGGAGGCAGUGCGCGAGAGGCGGCGGGGAGUCUGCGGGGCGCCCUGACUGUCCCUGCACCCGGUUUCCUCCGACUCCUCUGCUCUGCCCCCUGGCUUCUGGCUUCUGCUCCCAGGUUUCUUCGAACACUCCCCCAGACACACGCACCUCCCGAUGGCAGAAGCUUUCCGCGGCUCUGGAGUCGCUUCUCAGCUGACGACCCUGUCGCUCCCGGGGCUGAGCCGGGUCCCUGGAUGUUGCUGAAACUCUGGAGAUCAUGCGCGGGUUUGGCUGCUGCUUCCCCGCCGGGUGUCCCUGCCGCCGCCGCCGCUCCUGCUGCCGCCGUCCGCGGGAUGCUCAGUAGCCCGCUGCGUGGCCCCCGCGAUCCUGUGUUCUUCCGAAGCGGUGUGCUGCUGCAGAGUUGCGCGAACUAGUCAUGGUGCUGUGGGAGUCCCCGCGGCAGUGCGGCGGCUGGACACUUUGCGAGGGCUUUUGCUGGCUGCUGUUGCUGCCGGUGAUGCUGCUCCUCGUAGUCCGCCCCGUGAAGCUCGCCGCCUUCCCUACCUCCUUAAGUGACUGCCAAACCCCCACCGGCUGGAACUGCUCCGGUUACGAUGACAGAGAAAACGAUCUCUUCCUCUGUGACACCAACACCUGUAAAUUUGAUGGAGAAUGUUUGAGAAUUGGAGACACUGUGACUUGUGUCUGUCAGUUUAAGUGUAACAGUGACUAUGUGCCGGUGUGUGGCUCCAAUGGGGAGAGCUACCAGAAUGAGUGUUACCUGCGGCAGGCUGCAUGCAAACAGCAGAGUGAGAUACUCGUAGUUUCUGAAGGAUCCUGUGCCACAGAUGCAGGAUCAGGAUCUGGAGAUGGAGUUCAUGAAGGUUCUGGAGAAACCAGUCAAAAAGAGACAUCCACCUGUGAUAUUUGCCAGUUCGGCGCAGAAUGUGAUGAAGAUGCUGAGGAUGUCUGGUGUGUGUGCAACAUUGACUGUUCUCAAACUAACUUCAAUCCCCUCUGUGCUUCUGAUGGGAAAUCUUAUGAUAAUGCAUGUCAAAUCAAGGAAGCAUCGUGUCAAAAACAAGAAAAAAUUGAAGUCAUGUCUUUGGGUCGAUGUCAAGAUAACACAACUACAACUACUAAAUCUGAAGACGGGCAUUAUGCAAGAACAGAUUACGCAGAGAAUGCUAACAAAUUAGAAGAAAGUGCCAGAGAACACCACAUACCUUGUCCAGAACACUACAAUGGCUUCUGUAUGCACGGAAAGUGUGAACAUUCCAUCAAUAUGCAGGAGCCAUCUUGCAGGUGUGAUGCUGGUUAUACUGGACAACACUGUGAAAAAAAGGACUACAGUGUUCUGUAUGUUGUUCCUGGUCCUGUACGGUUUCAGUAUGUCUUAAUCGCAGCUGUGAUUGGAACAAUUCAGAUUGCUGUCAUCUGCGUGGUGGUCCUCUGCAUCACAAGGAAAUGCCCCAGAAGCAACAGAAUUCACAGACAGAAGCAAAAUACAGGGCACUACAGUUCAGACAACACAACCAGAGCGUCCACGAGGUUAAUUUAAAGGGAGCAUGUUUCACAGUGACUGGACAACUAACAGCUUGGACUACACAAUACAGUAUUAUAGACAAAAGAAUAAGACAAAAGAUCUACACAUGUUGCCUUGCAUUUGUGGUAAUCUACACCAAUGAAAACAUGUACUACAGCUAUAUUUGAUUAUGUAUGGAUAUAUUUGAAAUAGUAUACAUUGUCUUGAUGUUUUUCUGUAAUGUAAAUAAACUAUUUAUAUCACACAAUAUAGUUUUUUCUUUAUCAUGUAUUUGUUAUAUAUAAUAAAUACUCAGUGAUGAGAAAAAAUGGCAUUCUCAAAUUUGCAGUAUUUCAUAACUGUAAAUAUAACUCAGCAAGUAAAAUCUGUAUAGGUUCCAGUAUUUCAUCUUUCCGCACAUCUUCAGAUGGCACAUUAGUUUGUAUAAAACUCAGUGGCUAGGUUUUGAGUGAUUCUAAGAUCAAGGGAAAUGAUGGUUAUUGGAAAAGAGAAAAAAUAAUUUGCUUUAUAUUGAGUGGGAAUAAAAUAUUUCAGAUCUCUGAAUCAUCUCUAUUUCAUCUACUUUCUUCCCUGGUCUUCCAUUUUCAUUCCCAGAGCAGAAAGAUCUCUGACAUAUAAAUUAAAUCAAAGGUGAAAGGGAGGGAAAAUGUUUUAUAACUCA